AAGGGGGCUUUUCUGUCACCACGUGAGGGAGGAGGGAGAGCCCGAAAAAGAAGAGCAAAAAAAAAAAAAAAAAAAGAAAAAAAAAAAAAAACCCGAGCAGAGUCGAGAGAGGAUUUCGAAGACCGAGGGGGCCAAAGCCGGGGAGCCGCAGCUGAUAACACACCCGCACUCAUCUCACCUCACCUCACAUCACAUGUGCUGAAGAACGGGAAAACGAUGCCGACAGUCACCCUACCGCCUAAAGAAAACGCUCUCUUCAAGAGGAUUUUGAGAUGCUAUGAGCACAAGCAGUACAGAAAUGGGCUGAAAUUCUGCAAACAAAUUUUGUCCAACCCCAAGUUCGCUGAGCAUGGAGAGACGCUGGCAAUGAAGGGGCUGACGCUCAACUGCCUGGGGAAGAAAGAAGAGGCCUAUGAACUCGUACGCCGAGGACUCCGAAACGACCUUAAGAGCCACGUCUGCUGGCACGUGUACGGUCUGCUGCAGCGCUCGGAUAAGAAGUACGAUGAGGCCAUUAAGUGUUACAGAAACGCCCUGAAAUGGGACAAAGACAACCUGCAGAUCCUCCGAGACCUCUCACUGCUGCAGAUUCAAAUGAGGGACCUGGAGGGCUACAGGGAGACCCGGUACCAGCUCCUGCAGCUGCGACCGGCUCAGCGGGCAUCGUGGAUCGGCUAUGCCAUUGCAUACCACCUGCUGGAGGACUAUGAGAUGGCUGCAAAGAUUAUCGAGGAGUUCCGGAAAACGCAACAGACAUCUCCAGAUAAGGUGGAUUAUGAGUACAGUGAGUUGCUGCUGUAUCAGAAUCAGGUGCUGAGGGAAGCAGGGCUCCUCAAAGAGGCUCUGGAGCAUCUCACCACCUACGAGAAACAAAUAUGUGACAAGCUGGCUGUCGAGGAGACCAGAGGAGAGCUCCUGCUGAAUCUGCGGCGCUUUGAGGAGUCUGCUGACGUGUACAGACGACUGCAGGAGAGAAACCCGGAGAACUGGUCAUAUUACCGUGGCUUGGAGAAAGCACUUAAGCCUGCCACGACAGAAGAAAGGCUGAAGAUCUAUGAGGAGGCCUGGGUGAAGUACCCUAAAGGCCUGGUGCCUCGCAGACUGCCUCUCAACUUCCUUUCUGGAGAGAAGUUUAGGGAGUGUCUGGAUAAGUAUUUAAGAAUGAACUUCAGCAAAGGCUGCCCUCCAGUCUUUACUACACUCAAACCCCUCUACCAGGACAAGGACAAGGUGGCAAUAAUUGAAGAAUUAGUUGUAGGUUAUGAAACCUCUUUGAAUAGCUGCCGAAUGUUCAAUCCAAAUGACGAUGGGAAGGAGGAGCCGCCCACCACGUUACUAUGGGUGCAGUAUUUCCUGGCGCAGCACUAUGAUCAGAUUGGUCAGCAGACACUGGCUCUGGAGUACAUCAACGCUGCAAUAGAAAGCACGCCGACUCUCAUUGAACUCUUUCUAGUGAAAGCCAAGAUAUAUAAGCAUGCUGGGAACAUUCGGGAGGCAGCACGCUGGAUGGAUGAGGCCCAGGCGCUGGACACUGCUGACCGCUUCAUUAACUCCAAAUGCGCCAAGUACCUGCUCAAAGCAGGCCUGGUCAAAGAGGCCGAGGAGAUGUGCUCAAAGUUCACACGGGAGGGGGCAUCUGCAGUAGAGAACCUGAACGAGAUGCAGUGUAUGUGGUUUCAGACCGAGUGUGCGCUGGCAUAUAAAUCCAUGAAGAAAUACGGAGAUGCACUUAAAAAAUGCCAUGAGAUCGAGAGGCACUUUGUGGAGAUAACGGAUGAUCAGUUUGACUUCCACACGUACUGCAUGCGGAAGAUGACUCUUCGCUCCUACGUAGACCUGUUAAAGCUAGAGGAUGUGUUGCGCAUGCAUCCGUUCUACUACAAAGCUGCAAGCACCGCCAUCCAAAUCUACCUCAACCUGCAUGACAACCCACUCAUCGAUGACAGCAAGGAGCUACAGGCUGAUACCGGGAAUCUGUCUGACAAAGAGCUGAAGAAAUUGCGGAACAAGCAACGGCGAGCGCAGAAGAAAGCUCAACUGGAAGAAGAGAAGAAGAAUGCAGAAAAAGAGAAACAGUUGAAAAACCAGAAGAAAAAGAAAGAGGAUGAUGAUGAGGAGAUUGGGGGACCUAAAGAGGAACUCAUACCAGAAAAACUAGCUAAGGUGGAAAACCCAUUAGAUGAGGCUGUGAAGUUCCUGAAUCCUUUAAAAAACCUGGUGAAAAAUAAGAUAGAGACUCAUCUCCUGGCCUUCGAGAUCUACUUCAGAAAAGAAAAGUUCUUGUUAAUGUUGCAAUCAGUGAAGAGGGCCUCUGCUAUAGAUCCUGAUCACCCAUGGCUUCACCAGUGUCUAGUGCGUUUCUUCAAAAGAGUAUCAGAGGCUAAAGACUUGGCAGAAGCUGUCCGCACGGUUCUGAAGCAAGAAAUCUCUCGGUUGUUUGGUGACAGCAAUGCCAAGAGCUUCAAUCAAGCUUUCCUCAGCAAGCACUCUGACUCUAUCCCUCAUCGAUUGGCAGCUGCCAAAAGCAUGUACUACUUAGAUCCUUCAACACAGAAGAAGGCUUUGGAACUUGCAACAGCACUGGACGAGUCACUUAAUAGCAGGAGCAUUCAGAUCUGUACAGAGGUGUUGGAAAGUCUGCAUGAUGGCAGCCUCGGAGAUGCCACGGAGACGGCCGAAUCAUAUAGGGCAGAGUGUCAUAAGAUCUACAAGUACACACUGGCAUUCAUGCCUCCAGGCUACGAGGAAAACAUGAAGAUUGCUGUUAAUGGUGACAUCUGCACAGAAACGGAAGAGCUAGCCAAUGACAUGUGAACACCUGAAAUGGGGUGGGGCUGAGGGAGGAGGGGACGGAACAGGAGGUGGGGCAACGGCACAUUUUUUUUAAACAUCUGGGACGGUUGCCAUUGGUGACUCGUUUGCGUGCUGAGCUUCCUGCGCUCUCCCCCACCGGCCGAAAUCACAGUCCGGACCGAGAGACGAUGAAGGUGUCUGCGGAGAGGAGGAUACGGGGUGGGGGAGGGGGAUGGGGGAAAAGGAGAUUUAAAUGGCCAUCUUUUUUGUUUUGUUUGUUUUUUUGUUUUUUUGACCAUGCUGAUGACUACUCUCUAACUGAAAUGAAUAGACAACACACAAACACCCUGUUGUGAAAUGUGUGUAAAGACAGCAAGCUACAACCAUUGGGUUAAUUAACUGUGCAAAGGAAACGGCAAACCUUAGUCAGCCACCAACCAAACCCACCUUACCCCCUCUGUUUUGAAACGUAAUUUAUAUGGAUAAAUAAAAACGGCAUAAAAAGAGUUGUGGAGUGAUUGGAGCGCGGACUUGGGUUGUGUUGGUGUGAAGCUGAAUCGGGAAAUUUUUGCUGGGGGCUCAGGCGACGGUUUUGGAUUCUGAAGAAGGUUGGGGUGUAAUGAUGGGGUCAUGUAGAAGAUGCUUGUUGAAUGCGUGGGUAAUGCUGUUCUUUAGUGCUGAUCCGACUCCAGAUUCAUUGUUUGUCAUAGGGUUAUGUUUGGGGUUCGGGUAGUCAGGGGUGGCCUUAAUCCAAGCCUCUAGGGCAGUGACUCCUACUCCUGUAUAUUUGUGUUUUUGCUGCUCUUAAAACACCUGGUGUUCACAAGACAGAACGCCUUGGUAUUUGGCCUAUUUAAAGUGAGGAAUAAGUGGAUCAGAUAGUCCUCAAUGUCAUAAAUCAGUUGUUGAGACGUAAGCAAAGUCAUUGAGAGUGGUUUGGUUGAAAUCGAGUGCCAUAAGACCUACCUGUACACACUGGCCGUAAUGCCUCCAGGUUACAAGGAAAACAAAGCUGGCAGAUUAGCUUGAUGGGAAAUGGUUCAUUGUAGAGAAACUUACCAACUGUACCACUGUAAAGAUAAAAUUAGUGAUGGGAACCAGGGGUCACAAUGUCUACAAUGCAAAUACCAUUUUGUGUACUAUCCAAAAAGACCAGUGGACCAACAUGUGUUCUGAGUUUUGAUGUGUAAAGUUGAAAACAAUAAAAUCUGAAAUCCUACAAUGUAAAUCAGAAAAAGCAUCUUAUUUUGCCUCACAGUGUAACUCUCUGCCAUGUUCUAGGCCAAAAUCUCAAAACCGUAUCAUCAGAAAUUGCUUUGAGAUGGACAUCAGAAAACGUGCAGUAGCUUUCUGUGAGGUACUUUUUAGAGGCCUAAAAUGCUUGACAUCUGAUUCCCAUCACCACCUCUGUGAACAACUCAAAAGUUUAUCUAACUUCUGGGUUUCUCUAGAACGGACUGUUUCGCACCGAACCUCUCUGAAUGACUUUGUUUAUAUGUUUUAGCUUUUUAAUUAUGCAGAAACUUGAAGAGCCCUGCUAGUAUUUUUAAGUCAUAAGUAUUUUUCCAGGUUAGCAGGUGUAGGUGUCUCAUAGCAGGGGGAAAUGCCAAAUUGAGCAGGGUAAGGAUGCUCCAGCACCAGAGAUGGAAACCACUGCCUUAGAGCCAUUUCUCCUUCACCUAAAGCACUCGCGGGACUCUCCUUCACCUAAAGCACUCGCGGGACUCUCCUUCACCUAAAGCACUCGCGGGACAUCCCGCUCGGCACUCGUGCCCCAUCGCUGGCGUCAGACAGUUAGCAGCUGUGAUAGAGGAAUCAGGACCUUAGGUAACGCACAGGUGUAUCUUCGCUCUCUUCUUUCUUGCUUUGGUCAUUCUCCUUCGCUCACGCUCACCCCUAAUUUGGUUACAGUGUGAAAUGAAUUUGUUGUAUGAUAUGGAUUUUUUUUUUGUAAUAAAAAGAGGAAAAAAAACACAAAUCAAAGAAAGAAAACACACAUUUGGUACCAGUCUAUGUACCUUGCAGUUUGUACACUGUUUGCCAUUGUCGGUGGUGAAGUCAGAGGGCUGACGAAGCAUUUUUAAGUUCAAGAGGUUCUUCCACAGCAAUGUUCUGAAAUGGCUCUUCCAUCAAAAAAAACAAAACAUUUCACAGGAGCCCUUUUAGGACUGCGUCAUGUACUAUGUAAGCUUUUGUACAGAUUUAGAACUUUUAAAGUUUGUACUGCUCUGACAAAUCAAUCACUUCAUGGAUUGAACUGAUGUGAAAAGCUUGUUCCGAUGUCUUGCUCAUUCGCUUCAAAAUCUAUGUGUAACACAGUGUGAAAAUACAUGUAUUUAGUUUGGGCCCGUUUCUGUCAUUUUCUGUGCAACACCUAGAUUUUGAGCUCACUGUUUAAUGUAGAUGCAACAGGCUUUGCACAUGGUCCUCGUGCCUCCAUGGCUGCAGAAUACACAUUUUAAAUGUUCAAGAUCUCAGAAGUUUUACAUAGUAUGUCAACAUCAAAAUAGACCACUUUAAAUCCCUAUUGGCCUUCUAGAGAUAAAUGUACCAGGGGAAAAAAAAAUUGUAAUUUGUGGGUUCUGAUCCAGAACAGACGACACGUCUUACUUUUCAGCUGUGCGUUUUUGUCCUCUUGUCAUAGAAGGGGUACCAAAAAGCAAUACAAUAAAUUAUCUCAAAACCUG